CCCUUUCCCAAGUUUUUCUUGCUGCAAAAGGCCUAGCUUAGCCUGUCUUUUUCUAUGCACAGGAUGGCUCUUGCUCACCAGAGCCUCACAAAGAUAAUCGCUCAGGAAGUGUUUCAGCCAAUCCCGGGCCGCCUUACACUCCGAUUUGCCGGGCCAGCCAAUCGGGGAUGAGCUCUUAUUAGGCGGCCAGAUCAUCAAGCCGAAGUGCCAAACCCUUUUUCUGUGAGAACUAGGAGCCUGUCCUCCAUGUUUUAUAAGUAUUGACAUUACACAGUGUUAACAAUGCAUCCACAGAGUCCCAAAUCUGCCAGCCUGUUCUCUCUUCUUAACUGUGGAAAAAUGAGACGGUUGCUUGAACAUGUUGGCUUGGCCGAGGAGGAAAUCAAAACAGAACAGGAGGUGGUAGAGGGCAUGGAUAUCUCCACUCGAUCCAAAGAUCCUGGCUCCGCCGACAGAACAGCCCCGAAAAGAAAGUUCCCCAGCCCUCCGCAUUCUUCCAAUGGCCACUCGCCACAGGACACAUCCACAAGCCCCAUUAAAAAGAAAAAGAAACCCGGCUUACUGAACAGUAACAAUAAGGAGCAGUCAGAACUAAGACAUGGUCCGUUUUACUAUAUGAAGCAGCCACUCACCACAGACCCUGUUGAUGUUGUACCGCAGGAUGGACGGAAUGAUUUCUACUGCUGGGUUUGUCACCGGGAAGGCCAAGUCCUUUGCUGUGAGCUCUGUCCCCGGGUUUAUCACGCUAAGUGUCUGAGACUGACAUCGGAACCAGAGGGGGACUGGUUUUGUCCUGAAUGUGAGAAGAUUACAGUAGCAGAAUGCAUCGAGACCCAGAGCAAAGCUAUGACAAUGCUCACCAUCGAACAGUUGUCCUACCUGCUCAAGUUUGCCAUUCAGAAAAUGAAACAGCCAGGGACAGACGCAUUCCAGAAGCCUGUUCCGUUGGAACAGCAUCCCGACUACGCAGAAUACAUCUUCCACCCCAUGGACCUUUGUACAUUGGAAAAGAACGCUAAGAAGAAAAUGUAUGGCUGCACAGAAGCCUUCCUGGCUGAUGCCAAGUGGAUUUUGCACAACUGCAUCAUUUAUAAUGGGGGAAAUCACAAAUUGACGCAAAUAGCGAAAAUAGUCAUCAAAAUCUGUGAGCAUGAGAUGAAUGAAAUCGAAGUAUGUCCAGAGUGUUACUUAGCUGCUUGCCAAAAACGCGAUAACUGGUUUUGCGAGCCUUGUAGCAAUCCACAUCCCUUGGUCUGGGCAAAACUGAAGGGGUUCCCAUUCUGGCCUGCCAAAGCUCUGAGGGAUAAAGAUGGGCAGGUGGAUGCCCGGUUCUUCGGACAACACGACAGGAACCCAGGCCGUCCAGUGUCAGGAGGCGAAAUGGAAGUUAGCCGAGAUGAUCGUGGGUUUGAUAGGAGGAACAGAAACAGUCAUUUUCCAGAAAUCACUUGCCAAGCAACUUCAUUGAAGGCACUUAAGAACCUGGGAAGAAACAGAGCCUGGGUUCCAAUAAAUAAUUGCUACCUCAUGUCUAAAGAAAUUCCUUUUUCUGUGAAAAAGACUAAAAGCAUCUUCAACAGUGCAAUGCAGGAGAUGGAGGUUUAUGUGGAGAACAUUCGCAGGAAGUUUGGGGUUUUUAAUUACUCUCCGUUCAGGACACCCUACACGCCCAACAGCCAGUACCAAAUGCUGCUCGACCCCAGCAACCCGAGCGCUGGUGCCGCCAAGAUAGACAAGCAGGAGAAGGUCAAGCUCAACUUUGACAUGACGGCGUCCCCCAAGAUCCUGAUGAGCAAGCCCAUGCUGAGCGGGGGCACCGGCCGCAGGAUCUCCUUGUCGGACAUGCCGCGCUCCCCCAUGAGUACAAACUCGUCCGUGCACACGGGCUCCGACGUGGAGCAGGACCCCGACAAGAAGGCCAUGUCCAGCCACUUCAGCGCAAGCGAGGAGUCCAUGGACUUCCUGGACAAGAGCACAGCGUCGCCGGCCUCCAUGAAGACGGGCCAAGCGGGGAGUUUAUCCGGCAGCCCGAAACCUUUCUCUCCUCAAGCGUCCACGCCAAUCACGACGAAAGCAGACAAGACGGCCACCACCGGAAGCAUCCUGAACCUUAACCUGGAUCGAAGCAAGGCCGAGAUGGACUUGAAGGAGCUGAGCGAGUCCGUCCAGCAGCAGGCUGCCCCCGUGCCUCUCAUCUCUCCCAAGCGGCAGAUCCGCAGCAGGUUCCAGCUCAAUCUUGACAAGACGAUAGAGAGUUGCAAAGCACAACUAGGCAUAAAUGAAAUCUCGGAAGAUGUUUACACGGCCGUAGAGCACAGCGACUCGGAGGACUCUGAGAAGUCAGACAGUAGCGAUAGUGAGUAUAUCAGUGAUGACGAGCAGAAGUCCAAGAAUGAGCCGGAAGACGUGGAAGACAAGGAGGGCGCUCAGGUGGACAAAGAGCUGUCUGCUGUCAAAACAAAGCCCAAGCUGGCCAGCCCGGUGGAGAUUAAAGAGGAGCUGAAAAGCGCUUCGCCCCCCAGCGAGAAAGCAGACCCAGGCUCAGUCAAGGAAAAGGCGAGCCCCCCGCCCGAGAAGGACUUCUCGGAGAAAGCCAAACCAACGCCUCACCCCACAAAGGAUAAGCUGAAGGGGAAAGAUGAGACGGAUUCCCCAACGGUCCACUUGGGCCUGGACUCUGACUCGGAGAGCGAACUUGUCAUAGAUUUAGGAGAAGACCAUUCUGGGCGGGAGGGUCGGAAAAACAAGAAGGAACCCAAAGAACCAUCUCCCAAGCAGGAUGUGACUCUAGUUGUAGCUAAAGCUCCACCACUGUCCACUACGGCCGGCAGCCAGUCUCCCCCCGAAACGCCGGUCCUCACCCGCGCGUCCUCCCAAACUCCCACAGCUGGUGUCGCGGCCACCACCAGCACCACGUCCACGGUCACAGCCCCGGCGGCCACCGCCACCGCCACCAUCACGGGAAGCCCAGUGAAAAAGCAGAGGCCGCUUUUACCGAAGGAGACUGCUCCGGCCGUGCAGCGGGUCGUGUGGAACUCCUCAAGUAAGUUUCAAACGUCCUCCCAAAAGUGGCACAUGCAGAAGAUGCAGCGCCAGCAGCAGCAGCAGCAGCAGCAGCAAAGCCAGCAGCAGCAGCCUCAGUCUUCCCAGGGGACGCGAUAUCAGACCAGACAGGCUGUGAAAGCUGUCCAGCAGAAGGAGAUCACGCAGAGCCCGUCCACCUCCACCAUCACCCUGGUGACCAGCACUCAGUCGUCGCCCCUGGUCACCAGCUCGGGGGCCACCAGCACCCUGGCCUCUUCAAUCAACGCAGACCUUCCCAUCGCCACUGCCUCGGCCGACGUCGCCGCGGACAUCGCCAAGUACACUAGCAAAAUGAUGGAUGCAAUCAAAGGAACGAUGACAGAAAUAUAUAAUGACCUUUCCAAAAACACUACUGGAAGCACAAUAGCUGAGAUUCGCAGGCUGAGGAUUGAGAUCGAGAAGCUUCAGUGGCUGCACCAGCAGGAGCUCUCCGAGAUGAAACACAACUUGGAGCUGACCAUGGCGGAGAUGCGGCAGAGCCUGGAGCAGGAGCGGGACCGGCUCAUCGCCGAGGUGAAGAAGCAGCUGGAGCAGGAGAAGCAGCAGGCGGUGGACGAGACCAAGAAGAAGCAGUGGUGCGCCAGCUGCAAGAAAGAGGCCAUUUUCUACUGCUGCUGGAACACCAGCUACUGCGACUACCCCUGCCAGCAGGCCCACUGGCCCGAGCACAUGAAGUCCUGCACCCAGUCAGCUACCGCCCCUCAGCAGGAAGCGGAUUCCGAGUCGAACACAGAAACACUAAACAAGUCCUCCCAGGGGUCCUCCUCCAGCACACAGGCCGCCCCUUCAGACACAGCCAGCGCCUCGAAAGAGAAGGAGACGUCUGCUGAGAAGAGCAAGGACAGCGGCUCGACCCUCGACCUUUCUGGCUCCAGGGAGACGCCCUCCUCCAUUCUCUUAGGCUCCAACCAAGGCUCUGACCAUUCCCGGGGCGGCAAGUCCGGCGGCUGGAGCGGCAGCGAUGAGAAGCGAGGAUCGUCGCGUUCCGAGCACAACGCCAGCGCCAGCUCGAAGAGUCUCCUCCCGAAAGAGUCUCGGCUGGACGCCUUCUGGGACUAGGGACAAGCCGCGCCCCCAGCCGUCCGCCCCCCGGAGGAAGAAGGCGGACCCCGGGCCGCCAGGGAACGGCGCAGACACGUGAGGCGGGAGACCACCCCUCCGGACCCGAGGGCUCCACCCAGACCUGGCCUUUCUUCCCACCGAGGGUCCCACACUACACGCCCCCACGAGCUCCGAGGACCGUCCACCCACAUGAACUCACGCUUUAGGUGUAAAUAGUGUACAAUUUGUGGAUGUCACUGAACUUAGAGUACCUUCCCCUUUUUAUAUUUGUAUUGACUUUAACUUAUAAAAAAAAAAAAAGAAAAAGAAAAAAGAAAAGCGAUUAGAAAAAAACACCCAACAACACAAAGGAUGUUCUGGUGUUGGAAGGGGUGGUCCGGGGCCCGUCCGUCUGGAGGCGGCACCGGGAUGGUGAGUUCUGGCAGGUUCUGUGCUGCCGUGGGCACCUCCCAUCAAGCCAUCGCCCCUUCCCGACACCGCGCUGCUGCUUCAUCAGAUGCAAGCUCUCUGGGCCCGGAGGACGCAGAAGGACGCGGGUGGCAGGAGCUGCUUCUGUGACGUGACCGACGCGGUGACUCGCCUCCUAAAAGGGAAAACCCAGUGUCCUUGUUUACAGACGAGAAGCAGAAACCAGCCCCACUCAGCGCAGCGCAGGAGAGAAGAACACCGGGCGUUUCGAGUCCUCGGAACCGAGAGAAAUCUCUCCCGUGCGUGUGGCUCCUUCCGACACACUCACACGCUGGGGGAGAGAGGUCCUGUGCUUGGCGGAGGGAGGACGGAGGCCGGGCGCACGCGGAGGACAGUCGAGCCUGGAUGAAGCAUGUCUGUAGUAUUUAUACGAGGGGAUUUUACGUUUUUAUGUAAGCAUGAAACCAAGGCAGUGUGAGAGGACACGCCCGCCAUGCUGUCUGUUACACUACGAACGCUGUGGCUCCGUUUUGUUUGUUGUGUAAAACAAAAGGCGUUGAGCAAGCGGAGGGGGAUGUCUGUAUAUGAGGAAAUUAAUUGUACGAUAUCAUUCCAGCCCAUCUCGUUGUACAUUUUAGUCUCGUUUACUUUCUCUUCAUUGUUGAUAAGAGGAUGCGGACUGUACAGUUUCCAGCUAGUUACCCAUAUUAGAGAAGAAGUAAGAAGGGAGUAUUAGAAGAAAACAGGAGAGAAAGAACAUUUGUGAAUUGCAGUUAUCAAAAAAAAAAAAUAGCCUAGCUGGCCUUAUUUGUGAAGCAUAAUUGCUUUUAGCAUAUGGAAGUAUUUUUUCACAUUUUCUUUGUAUAAAAUUUGUAUUAAACUUAAAUAUCUUUUUUGA